UACAUGGUGUUUAAGCAAGAAGCAAGCAAAGAUGCAUGCAGGGUGAGAUCCAGGCCUGGUGUGCACAUCCUUCCAGGUGAGCUGGGGCCGGGCUCCCUGAGGUCAGUCGGAACCAGGAAGAGCCUCUGGAAAUGGCCAGGGAACCCCCGAAACCCACCAGGCGUUGGGUUUGCUUCAGCCCCAGAGGCAGCCCCGUUCCUUCUCCUGAGGACUCACCCACCUCCACGCCCCUCCUCCUGCUGCUGUUCCAACUGGUCUGGGGCAGGAGGCCACGACAGGGCCCUCAGGCACCUGGGAGCCCACACCUCCCCCUCCGUGGGACGUACCCACUGAAAAGUGGCCACGGGGCAGGCUCUGCUCCUGGCUGGCACCCCUGCCCCACCCUAUCCGGUGCUGCCUUGUUAUGUAGAAGUUACUCAGCAGAUUGACACCCUACCCAGUCCCCCUCGGGCAAUCGUCUGCCCUCUGUCUUCCCACCUUCUCCAGGGCUACAGUGGGCAGCACAGCCAUCCCCGGUGUGACAGGGCCCUGGGAGCUUUAGGGCUGCCCUGGCCAGGUUGGUCUGCUGUGGCUACGUUCUGGCCAGGCUGCCUCUUCCUGCCGACUUGUGUGUGUGUUGUCACCGUUUAGCUCUCAGCACCUCGGUCCCCUUGGGCAGCGAGGAAGGGCCCUGGAGGCGAGGUUGGGAGGAACGAUAGCUGGAACAGUUUCCUGUGGGGAACAAGGGUGUGGGCAGCUCUCGCCCGGGGCUGCCUCACUGAGAACACCACAGAGCGGGGGUGUGGGGGUGUCCAACUCUCGAGCCACAAACUGCUUCCUCUCGUCUGCAGCCUGUGCAUGUCUGGGCUGUGAGUAAACACAUUUAUCAGCAACCCGAGUUGUCACAGUCUUAGUGUUGGGCAAAUGCUGGGCCCGUGAGCAGAGGAUCCUGCUAGCUUUCCUGCCUGGCCGCAAGGCCCAGAAACCCCUGGUCUUGUCUCCUGGGCUCUGGGAAACCCUGGGCCUUGAGAAGUGGGGUUUGCAGGUGGUGACAGGAGGAGAGGAGGGAAACCUCCAGGGCUGUGGAGUUCAGGCUCCCAGACCCCCCGGCGCCUGCUGGAGAUGAGUGAGCUAUGUUCUGUGGGAUUGGGUGGGACUUCCUCAGCGUGGGAGGAGCCCAUUCUGGCCCGAGCUGUGUUUUUAAGAAUAAAUCCCUGGGAGCUCAGCAUCGGCAGGGGCCUUGCUGUGCCUCCGAUGUGGCCAGCGUGCCGCCUUUGCACUUUUGCUGUUGAGUGACUUGCACCGAGGGGUCAGGGAAGGGCAGUGUGAUUGCUGGCUGGGCAUCGUUCUGUAAUACAGGGUCGCCUGCAUGAGCUCAGGCACAGGCCAGCAUCCCCAGCCCUACCUGGGAGCCUCAUGACGUUCUCGGCAGCCUGGGGGGCCUCGUCCUGUGCCACACAGGCAAGCGGGGACACCCCCAGGCAGCAGAAGUCACCUGCAGCCCAGUGCCAGCCGCUGCUUGCUUGUUUUUCAUGCCAUUCACACUGGGGUAAGAAUGACUUCGAGACAAAAUGUGACAGCAUCACUCAGGCCAGCUUAGAUCCUCAGGGUUCCCUGUCUUCUCAGGAUAACGUCCAAGGCCCCGGCCUCUUGCCACUGCCCCUUGACCUCUGUCCUCUGCCCUAGGCCCGUGCAGGUCCCUGACUCGCCCUGCCCUGGGGCCCUCUCUCCAGGGAGGACUCCCUCCCAGCCCCUUGCUGGCCCUGCCCUGCCUCUCCCCAGGGAGGCCCUGAGGCCCUCCCCCAAUAUGUUCGGUCAAGCAGUGCCCCGUGUGGUCGGCCGUGGUCGGUCGAGCUGCCGUUCCUGCCACUACCACUGUUCCCACCCAAGGAGGGAGGCCUGGCUGUGAAAGUCCCAGGGAGGGGUCCGGGGUGGACUGUCUGGGGAGCCGUGGUGUCAGCCUGAACCUGCACUCGGCCUGAAGCUGAGCCCACCACGGGGAAUGUGGCUACCAAGGGCAAGCACGCUUGGCCGCAGGCCUGGAGAAGCUGGAGCCAGACCACGGUGGGCUGCUGCAGGCUUUGGUCCAUGUCGACCAGCGUCAGCUGCUGUCUGGGGAUCUUAGGCUGGGGACGGCCCCUGCACCUGACAUCACCUGGGCUGGGACCCCCACCUGGGGCUCCCCUUCUGCACUUGGACACCUGGGGGCCCAUCGGGUCCACGCCUAUCCCACUCCAGUGAGGCCUCAGCCUGGUGGAGGGGUGCAGGCUUGCGGGGAGCAGAGCUUCCCACAGGGCUCACCCGAUGCACACAAAGCCGUGACUUGCCCCCGCCUGGGGCUUUCUGCUCCCCAGGAAGUCGGAGCCCCCCUCUCCUGAAACCGCCAGGCGGCCCUCACAAGUCCCUUACCCUCCGGGAUCUGUCUGGCACCACCUCCUUCCAGCCACCGGGUCCGCCUCUCAGGCCGCCUCUCGGGGUGCUGGCCGGACUUGGGACAGGCUGUGCCUCAGUUUCCUCACCUGUACAAGGGAGGAUGUUGGAUUGUUGGGGGAGGGGGACGCGGACCCCGCCCCCAGGUGCCGCCCUCCCCGCCCCUCCCGCCGGCCGAGGGGCCCAUUGGCUGCGGGGCGCUGAGGCGGGGCGCGCGGAAAGGAGCCUCGGGCCGGGAGCGCAGAAACCAGACCGUGUCCGGCGCGGCUGUCACCUCCACCUCCGCGCCCCGACCCGGCCAUGCGCGACCUCGGGCUCUGGCUGCUGUGCGCGAUGGCGCUGCCUGCGAUUGCCCACAGCCGGCCCUGGGCCCGCGUGGAGCGGUAUGAGGUGGUGCUGCCGCAGCGUCUGCCAGGACCCCGAGUCCGCCGAGCUCUGCCCUCGCAUGUGGGCCUGUACCCAGAGAGGGUGAGCUAUGUCCUUGGGGCCACAGGGCAGAACUUCACUCUGCACCUUCGGAAGAACAGGGACCUGCUGGGCUCCGGCUACAGGGAGACAUACACGGCUGCCAAUGGGUCCGAGGUGACGGAGCAGCUGCGUAGGCAGGACCACUGCUUCUACCAGGGCCAUGUGGAGGGGCACCCGGACUCAGCUGCCAGCCUCAGCACCUGUGCCGGCCUCAGGGGUUUCUUCCAGGUGGGCUCAGACCUGCACCUGAUCGAGCCCCUGGAUGAAGGUGGAGAGGGUGGGCGGCACGCCGUGUACCAGGCCGAGCACCUCCUGCAGACAGCGGGGACCUGCGGGGUCAGUGACGACAGCCUGGGCAGCCUCCUGGGGCCCCGGACGGCAGCCGUCUUCAGGCCUCAGCCGGGGGGCUCUCUGCCGUCCCGAGGGACACGCUAUGUGGAGCUGUAUGUGGUCGCGGACAAUGCAGAGUUCCAGAUGCUGGGGAGCGAAGCAGCCGUGCGCCAUCGGGUGCUGGAGGUGGUGAACCACGUGGACAAGGUGGGCAGCAGUCCUGGCUGCAGCGGUCCUGGCUGCAGACGUGCCGGCUGCAGAGGUGCCGGCUGCAGAGGUCCUGGCUGCAGAGGUGCCGGCUGCAGAGGUGCCGGCUGCAGAGGUCCUGGCUGCAGAGGUCCUGGCUGCGGAGGUGCCGGAGCCCCUGGCGGGAGGUGGGGGAGCGUUGCCACGGGAUUCGUUCCACCUGCUCUGCCUCUGCCCCUCGCCUGUGCCUGGCCCCACCUCGCAGCGGGACAGGUGCAGCCUCCGCCCCCACCCUCCCUGCUGCACCUUCCGCCACCCCGCCUGACCCCCAGGACUCCACCAUCUCUCCAGCUAUAUCAGAAACUCAACUUCCGUGUGGUCCUGGUGGGCCUGGAGAUUUGGAAUCGUCAGGACAGGUUCCACGUCAGCCCCGACCCCAAUGUCACACUGGAGAACCUCCUGGCCUGGCAGGCGCGGCGGCUGACACAGCGGCACCUGCAGGACAACGUGCAGCUCAUCACGGGCGUCGACUUCACUGGGACCACCGUGGGGCUUGCCAGGGUCUCUGCCAUGUGCUCCCACAGCUCAGGGGCUGUGAACCAGGACCACAGCAAGAACCCCGUGGGCGUGGCCUGCACCAUGGCCCACGAGAUGGGCCACAACCUGGGCAUGGACCACGACGAGAACGUCCAGGGCUGCCGCUGCCGGGAACCCUCCGAGGCCGGCCGUUGCAUCAUGGCGGGCAGCAUUGGCUCCACAUUCCCCAGGAUGUUCAGUGACUGCAGCCGGGCCUACCUGGAGGGCUUUUUGGAGCAGCCACAGUCGGCCUGCCUCGCCAACGCCCCUGACCUCAGCCACCUGGUGGGCGGCCCCGUGUGCGGGAACCUGUUUGUAGAGCGUGGGGAGCAGUGCGACUGCGGCCCCCCCGAGGACUGCCGGAACCACUGCUGCAACUCCACCACCUGCCAGCUGACUGAGGGGGCCCAGUGUGCGCACGGUACCUGCUGCCACGAGUGCAGGGUGAAGCCAGCUGGUGAGCCGUGCCGUCCCAAGAAGGACACAUGUGACCUCGAGGAGUUCUGUGACGGCCGGCACCCUGAGUGCCCAGAAGACGCCUUCCAGGAGAACGGCACGCCCUGCUUCGGGGGCUACUGCUACAACGGGACCUGCCCCACACUGACCCAGCAGUGCCAGACCUUCUGGGGGCCAGGUGGGCGGGCUGCUGAGGAGUCCUGCUUCUCCUAUGACAUCCUGCCAGGCUGCAAGACCAGCUGGUACAGGGCUGACCUGUGUGGCGUUCUGCAGUGCAAGGGCGGGCAGCAUCCCCCGGGGCGCACCAGCUGCAUCCUGAACCAUGUGUGCCACGCGCUCACCACAGAGGAUGGCACUGCCUAUGAGCUAGUGCCCGAGGGCACCCGGUGUGGCCCAGAGAAGGUUUGCUGGAAGGGACGUUGCCAGGACUUACACGUUUACAGAUCCAGAAACUGCUCCGCCCAGUGCCACAACCAUGGGGUGUGCAACCACAAGCAGGAGUGCCACUGCCACGCGGGCUGGGCCUCGCCCUACUGCGCGAAGCUGCUGACUGAGGUGCACGCAGCAUCCGGGAGCCUCCCGGUCAUCGUGGUGGUGGUUCUGGUGCUCCUGGCAGUUGUGGUCACCCUGGCAGGCAUCAUCGUCUACCGCAAAGCCCGGAGCCGCAUCCCGAGCAGGAACACGACUCCCAAGACCACCACGGGGCUCUCCAACCCCCUGUUUCACCAGGCUGCCAGCCACAUGCCGGCCAAGCAGGGGGCUCCGGCCCCAACCAGGGGCCCCCAAGAGCAGGUCCCCACCACCCACACAGGCCAGCCCACCAGACACCCGGCCUCCUCGGUGGCUCUGAAGAGGCCACCCCCUGCUCCUCCGGCCACUGUGUCCAGGCCACCCUUCCCAGUUCCUGUCUAUGCCCAGCAGGCACCAAAGCAGGUCAUCAAGCCGACAUUCGCACCCCCAGCACCCCCAGUCAAACCCGGGGCUGGUGCGACCAAGCCUGGUCCAGCUGAGAGUGCUGUUGGCCCAAAGGUUGCCCUGAAGCCCCCCAUCCAGAGGAAGCAAGGGGCCAGAGCUCCCACAGCACCCUAGGGAGGCAGCUGUGCCUGUGUUGAAAUUUGGAGAAGUUGCAGCGGAAAAGCCAUGCCUUCCAGCAUUCCAGGGUCCAGCUAGCGCCGCUCGGCUCCGGACCCUGACUUUGCAGGCUCAGCUGCUGUUCUGACCUCAGGAAUGCAUCCACCUGAGAGGCUCCUGCUGUCCAGGCCCUCAGCCACUCCCUUCUCCCUGCGGUGGCCGCGCGUAGCCCCAGCUGUCUGCAGGCACCAGGCUGGGAUGAGCUGUGUGCCUGUGGGUGCAUGCGUGUGUAUGUGUCUCCAGGUGGCCACUGGUGUCCCCCUGUGUUCAGGAGGCCACAUACACAGCCCCUUCCGGCCACACCUGCCCCAGCUCUGGGGCCUGCUGAGCGGCUGCCGCAGGUACCCAGUUCCAGGCAGCGCAGAUGUGGGGUAUCCCCAGAAAGACUCCAUCCCAGGACCACGCUCCCCUGGGUGCUCUUCGAGAGGGUGUCAGGGAGUGGACUGCACCCCAAGCUCCCGACUCCAAGCCCCCUGAUCUUGGGGCCUGUUUCCCAUGGGAUUCAAGAGGGACAGCCCCAGCUUUGUGUGUGUGUAAGCUUAGGAAGCGCCUUUAGGGAAAGGGCUGCUUGGGAGAGUCAGCUGUCUUGUCUGGUUUUCUUGAGACCGCAGAUGUGUGUUCAGCAGGGCUGAAAGCUUUUAUUCUUUAAUAAUGAGAAAUAUAUAUAUUUUACUAAUAAAUUAUUGACCGAGUU